CAAUGUCUGUGUCAAUGUGCCUGCUUUCCCCCCAUUAGAGACCAGAGUUGGAGGCAUUUCAGUGCCUAAAGGUCACCACUUAAGCCUCAUAGUUUGAGGUCCAUCGCUAAAUCCAGUCCAGCCCCAGAGCUGCUUACAAAUCCCCUGGAGGUUUCUGAGUUUGACUACCAAACCUGACCUACUUCCGGCAUGAAGAGGAUGCUGAGCGGACAGUAGCUGAACUCAGUAACCGCUGGUUCAGUGGGCAGGCUCUGCAUGCUGAUCUGUCUCCUGUCACCGACUUCCGGGAGUCAUGCUGUCGGCAGUAUGAGAUGGGGUAUGGCAGGAAGAGGAUGGGAUGGGCACCUGGAGUUCCAGACUCCUGUGUGUGUGUUGGUAGGGCUGUCAAUGACAGUGUCCUCUUCCAUCUAUCCAUCCUCAACCCAGAGAAUGUACUCGUGGUAGCUUUUGCAACUUCAUGCACCUGUGACUCGCCUCCCGGAACUUAUGGCAGCAGCUUUAUUGGUGGGAACCCAGGCUCAGGUAUCUCAGGACCAGCUUGCCAAGACUUCUCAUACUCUAAAGCUCCUAUAACCUGAGAUGAACCUGAUCCUGUGUCUCGAUAACAAUAUCUCAAGUCUUUGGUAUCCUAGGACUAGUACUGAGCCCAUUCCAAGACCAGCACCUAAGUCCCAACCCCCAAACCAUCCUGAAUCCCAAACCCAAGACCAGCUUGGAUCUCUAAUCCUGAGACCAGCUCCUGAGCACCUAUCUUAGACCACCCUCAGGAACUCUAGUUACUUCAUCACCUGCUCUGCCCCAUGCCUCUAACCCUUCUCCCCACUCCUGUCCCCAGGUCACCCCCAAGGUCCCAUACCUGCACUGUCCCAAAGAAAGAAACUGACAUUUCCCAGACCACCAGCAGGGCCACUUCUGAGUUCCUGACCCUCUUGCCCUUCACCUCUAACAGGUAGAGAUGUUCCUGGCCAGGACCCCUCCUCAAAGCUCCCUUAACUCCUCAGGGCCAUCUUCCCCAGCCUCUAGGGUCUGCCACUCCUCCCCGAAUAAAGUUCUGUAUUUUGAGCUUGAGUUGAGUCUAGUUGCGGGCUGGAGUUUCCUUCCACCCCCACAUCCGAUGAAAAGGGGAAGUAGGUUGGGCUCUAGCCACAACUGCAGCUGAAGAACUUCAAACCGGUGGAAAAUUAUUGGACUCCGGGCUCAACGCCCUAGAAACCCCCAAGUGGGACUGGUGGAGCGCCUUCGUGCUGGAAACCACAACAUCCAUCUGAGGCUUUUCAAAGGGAAGACGCCUAGUUGUGGCAGAUUGGAGGAUUCCCAAUCCAGAGGAGAUUUGGGUUAGGAUCUAAGGCGCUGUGGCCGGAAGUCCUGCACCCUGCACGCGCCGCUGGGAUGAGGCCCCAGCACCUCCUCUUGUCUGCUGCGCUGUUCCUGGCCCAGGCAGUGCCGCAUGAAGCCUCCCAACACUGCAGCCGCCUUGAGUACUGGAACCCCGACAACCUGUGCUGUGGCAGCUGCCUACAGCGCUUUGGGCCUCCCCCGUGCCCCGACUAUGAGUUUUCAGAAAACUGCGGGCUCAAUGACUUUGGUGAUCACGUAAUGCAUCCCUUCAAAAAGUGUCCUUCUGGGCAGUGCAAUCCGGACUUCGCAGAGCUAUGUGGCUUCUGUGGCAGCAGAACCACGGCCCCCACUCUCGAGAGAAGCCGGCAGCGCUGUAGAGAGAAGCCUGCUCCUUCCAAGGCGCCCUGUCCCCUGAAGCGUGAAACAACCAGCGUCCCAAGCUCCCAGACCACCUCACCAGCCAUUUCCAGCACCUCUCGAACAUCUGAACACACUGUCCCUUGGCAGGCCCUGAUUUUUGCCCUGCCCCUGGUGCUGGUUCUGCUCGUGACCUCAGCAGCCAUCCUCCUGUUUGCCCUGCAAAGGCACAGUCUCUGCCACCCCUAUCCUGGCUCCAACACCUCUCAAGGCUCUCUGGUGGCAUCGGAGGCAGAGCUGCCAAAUCUGGCAUCACAGCCCCUGUCUCGCCUUCUGGAUGAGUUGGAGGUGCUGGAGGAGCUGAUUGUGCUGCUGGACCCUGAGCCUGGGCCAGGAGGGGCUUUGGCCUGUGGUACCACUCGACACCUGGCUGCCAAAUACGGCCUGCCUGCUUCCUGGUCCACCUUUGCCUACUCACUGCGACCCAGUCACUCGCCUCUGCGUGCCCUGAUUGAGAUGGUGGUGGCAAGGGAGCCCUCCGCUUCUCUGGGCCAGCUCGGCACACAUCUGGCCCAGCUAGGGCGGGCAGAUGCUCUGCAGGUGCUGUCCAAACUUGCCUGAUCUGGGGCUCGCCCGGCCUAGUACUCAAUAAAGUUUCCCUUGAAAUUAA